AUGCAGAGGAUAGUGGAUCACGCCGUGGGGGUGGCCAAGGAGUCUGUCAAAGCCGCAUCCCGCGAGGCGUUUCACAACACGGCCAACUUCGUCAACUCGGCGUCAGCGCUGGUGCUGGCAUGUCUGCCCAACAAGUCGCCCAUCACUGAAGGGCUGCAUGGCUCCUGGGACCUCCGCCCCACCUUCCGCUCGCCCCGCCUCCCCGCCUGGAUGGCCCAAGGUGGUUCCUCUCUAAAUGCGUUUCUACACGAGUUCGUGGACACUAUAGACGAUUUCCACCUCGACUCCAGCUCCAACUACGGUAACGGGGACGACGAAAACGAGGACAGCGACGCGGAUAGCGAGGAGGACAAUAACGAGGAUGCCGAUGACAGGGCUACGUCCCCCCUCUCUUCUGCUCCCACCACCACCGCUGCUGCCGCUGCUGCUGCCGCCGCCGCCUCCGCUGCUGCUGCAGCUGCUGCUGCUGGGGCAGUAGCAGCAUCCUCUGAAGGAGCAGCCGCAGGUGCAACAGCAGCAGCCCCACCAGACAUGUACAAAGCCAGACGAGCAGGCACCGCUGCUGCUGCUGAUGCUGCUACUGCUGCUGCUGAUGCUGAUGAUAAUACUGAUACUCUUGCUCCAGCUGCCAUUGAUGACACUGCUGCCGCUCCUACCACCCCCGUCCAGGCCUGGCCUGGUUACCCGAUCUUCAGCCCUAGGUUCGGCCCGCACAGCCGCAGCAGCAGCUCCAGCAGCCUCUCGCGCCAGCUGUCGAUCGCGAGUGCGGAUCUGGGGAAGCGACUGGGGGACGUGUUUGAGUACAUGACGCACCUCAACAUGAACCAUCUUAAUGAUUUCCGCAGGCACGGGGUGCUGGAGGACCUACAGCUCUUCUGGGAGCUGGUCAUCGAGCGCUUCUUUGACGCCGUGCGCUCGGUGCUUCUCUUCUGCCUCUUCCCCUGGAGGCUCCUCUCCUUCCUCUUCUCUCCGCUGUUGCGCCUUCUAGGCCUCCCAGUCGCCCCCGCACAGGGCCUUCAACCCUCACCUGAGGCUUCCGCGUCUGCUUCUGGUGCUGCUGGUGCUGCUGGUGGGGGUUGGGGUGCUGCUGCGUUCAGUGCGCCAGCAGCUGAUGUGGCGCCGGAAAGCAGUACAGCAGAGCACCUGUCGCAGCUGCAGAUGCAGCAGCAGGAGGAGCACGAGCGGCAGCAGCAGCAGAACGAGCAGCAGCAGGGGCAGAGCCGGUGGCAGCAGCAGCAGCGGCUGCGGCAGGCUGAGGCGCUGCAUGGGCCGCGACUCAUGGACGCUCGCACGUGUGAAGAUAUCAUCCGAGACGCCGGGUACCCCUACGAGGCGAUCAAGGUGGUGACAGAGGACGGGUACGUGCUCACGUUGGAACGCAUCCCAAGGAAGGACUCUUCCAGGGUGGUGUUUCUGCAGCACGGCAUUCUCGAUAGCUCCAUUGGGUGGGUGUCGAAUGGUGUGGUGGGAUCUCAAGCAUUUGCAGCCUACGACCAAGGUUUCGAUGUGUUUUUGGGCAACAUGCGAGGCUAUGUAACAAGGCAGCAUGUGGAUCUGCGCAUCUCUGCCAGCAGGUACUGGAACUACAGCGUCAACGAGCAUGGCAUGUGCGACAUACGAGCCAUGAUAGACUGCAUUCACCACACCAAGAUCCGCGACCUCGCCCCUCCUCCCCGUCCCUCUCUCGUCCCUCCUCCUCCCUCACUCACCCCUCUUCCACCUAAUCUCCCUGUACAUUCAAUUGAGCAAUCUUUCAGCCAGCAACAGCAGCAGCAACCCAUGAAUUCCGUGCAGAGUCAAGAGCACCACCAGUGGCGGCAACCUAGUCCUUCAGCAGCACUAGAUGCCUUGGGACUUGUCCACAGCGAUUCCUCAUUCCAUCCUGGGCUUGCUGUACAAAGUAAUGGUUUUGAUACAGGAGGAGGGGGAGCAGGAGGUGCUGAUACGAUGUAUCUUGACAAGCCUCAAACGGGUACAGGUUCUGGGUGGACACCUGGCAGCCAGACGAUGCAGGAUGGCGUGAUGACAUGGCAGCCAGGCUGGCAUGAAGUGCGACCUGCCCCUGUAUCGCUCAUUGAUGCUCUGAGGGAGAGGCGAGAGGAGGAGAGGAGGGAAGAGGAGAGGAGGGAUGGGGAGAGGAGGCAGGAAGAGAAGAGAGGAGAAGAAGUGAGGAGGAUGGGGGAUGGAGGGCGAUCAGAAAUCACAGGUGAUGCUACAGCAGCAGCAGGAACAACAGGAGCAGCAGGAACUACAGCAGGGGCUUCAGAACAGAAGCAGCAGCAGCAGGGGGUGCCGUGGAGUGAGGAGCAGCCGUACCAUCUGCAGGCAGUGGCGCACAGCCUGGGAGGGGCGGCCAUGAUGAUCUACCUCGUCACCCAGUUGAUCAGGAAACAACCCCACCGCCUCUCGCGCCUCAUCCUCCUCUCCCCCGCUGGCUACCAUGAGAAGACCCCCCUCCUGUUUGACGUCAUGCUCUUCCUCAUGCCCUACGUCGACUCGUGGCUCUCCCACUCCGUACCGGCAGUCUACAUCCCCACCCAGGGCCUGCGCCUGCUCUUCAACAAGCUAGCUCAGGACUUUCAGAACCUCCCUGCCUUGAGGUGUCUGGUUCAAGUUCUCAUUUCCAACGUUCUUGUCGGGGGCGAUUCGUCGGACUGGGUGGGAGCCUUGCGCCAGCCGCACUACAACAUGUACAACAUGCCUGGGAUCGCAUACAACGUCAUGAAGCACCUCGCUCUCACCAAGCGAGAGCGCCGAUUCAUCAUGUUCGAUUACGGCUCCCCCGCAGCAAACCUCGCAGUGUAUGGAUCCCCCGAACCAGUCGACAUCGGAGCGUUUUACCGUCUCAUCGAUAUCCCAAUAGAUGUUGUCGCCGGGCGGCGCGACCGUCUUAUUCCCCGGGAGAUGGUCCACUGGCACUACAAGACGCUGAAGGCCGCCGGCCGGCAGGCGUCAUACCGGGAGUUUGAAUACGCGCAUCUGGACUUCACGUUUGCACAUAAGGAGGAGCUGCUGGCAUAUGUGAUGCGGAGGCUCAGGGUCGAUCUGCCGAAGCUGCACCUCAUGCCGAACCUGUCGCCGAACCGGUCGCCGAACCUGCGGUCCCGCGUGGCGGAGUUUGAUAGGUCGAGGAGCUCGCCUGCCAUGGCUGGGAUGGCAG